CUCUUUUCCUUAUUAAUUUAUUAUUUUUUUUUCCCUUUUUUCUUUUCUUUUCUUUGCCUUUUCCCCGUAUUUUGGAUUUUCUUAGUUUAUCUCAUCUUCAGUUUUAACCUCUUCCCAACUUUGUAUGGAGAUCCUUGAUGACGAUCGAUAAUGCAGCAGUAUCCACUCCUCACAAUGCGUGGGCGACUCUUCAGCCGUCGAUUGAGGGCAUGACUUGUCAGUCAUGUGUGAAAUCCAUCACCAAAGCAUUGUCUGGUUUACCUGGAUUACAAUCCAUUCAGGUGAGCUUGGAAAACGAAAACGCCGUCAUCAUCUACGACCCGACAGUAUUGGAUCGCGCCACCAUCGUUACAGCUAUCGAGGACUGCGGUUUCGAUGUACCCCAUAUCGAUGACGAUUGCCACGCUACCGAUAAUCAAAUGGUCACGACAGUUUUACCCGUCAUUGGCAUGACUUGCCAAUCUUGUGUCAGAUCGAUUACUCAAGCUCUCCAGUCGCUUCCGGGCCUGGAUUCCGUCAACGUCAGCUUGGAAAAUGAACAAGCAACGAUGGUGCAUGACCCUAGUCUGCUUUCUCGCCAACAAUUGAUUGAUGCUAUUGAAGACUGUGGAUUCGACGUUCCCGUCAAUGCGCCCGUAUCCGCCAAAUCUCCCAAAGAAGAUUCUCCGUUAUUAUCCGCAAUCAAAGAACCCGCCAUCAUUUCUCUCGGUGCAGAAAAUGUCCAAUGCAUUCAACUGGAAGUCAGAGGAAUGACGUGCGCAAGUUGCGUCAACAGUAUCGAAAAAUCAUUGGGAGCCGAACCCGGUAUUCUGUCCGUCAAAGUGGCGUUGUUAGCCGAACGCGCCACGGUCGAGUACGAUCCUGAUAUUAUUGCCGAUGAAGAGGCCAUCGCCGAAAUGAUCAACGAUAUCGGUUUUGAAGCGCGGGUGAUUCAGCGAAAGCAGCAUGAUUGUUUACAGCUUCAAGUGUUUGGUAUGACCUGUGCGUCAUGUGUUCACAGCAUUGAGCGCGGAAUUUCAGCUUUGCCGGGUGUCUUGUCCGUCUCCGUGAAUUUAAUGACCGAAAUGGCGAAAAUUGAACACGAUGCCACGGUAAUUGGCGCACGCACCAUUGUAGAAACCAUUGAACAACUCGGGUUCAAUGCGCUUGUAGCCGACAAUACCAAAAGCUCGCAGUUGGAGAGUCUUUCGAAAGUGCGUGAAAUCCAGGGUUGGCGUCGCGCGUUUUUGCGCAGUCUUUUCUUUGCUAUCCCAGUAUUUGUUAUUGCCAUGGUUUUACCCUCGUUUGGCUGGUCCAUCACUUCCCUGACACUUUUGCCCGGUCUCUAUUUGACCGAUUUACUGCAAUUGAUUCUUACCAUCCCCGUGCAGUUCGGUAUUGGAGGUCGGUUCCUCACAUCAGCCUAUCGUUCCAUUCGUCACGGCGCGCCCACCAUGGACGUCCUCGUAUCGAUCUCCACAUUAGCCGCUUUUAUUUUCUCCGUCUUUUCCAUGGUGCGUUCGGUCCUGUCUCCAUCGGAUCAGCGACCCACCAUCUUUUUCGAAACGUCGACCAUGCUCAUCUCGUUCAUUCUCCUCGGAAGAUACUUGGAAAACAUGGCCAAGGGCCAAUCGUCGACGGCGUUAUCCAAACUCAUGAACCUGACCCCUUCCACGGCAUUGAUGCUCGUCACCGACAAUACCACCCAAGAAGUGAUUAGCGAAAAACGUAUCCCGUCCGAAUUGAUCCAACAAGACGAUUUGCUCAAGAUUGUGCCCGGUGAUAAAAUUCCCACCGACGGUAUUGUGCAUUCAGGGUCCUCGACCGUGGAUGAAAGUAUGGUCACCGGAGAAGUGGAUGCGGUGCCGAAGAAAGUCGGAGACCCAGUGAUCGGUGGCACUGUGAAUGGUUUGGGCGCCUUUGUCAUGAAAGCCACGCGCGUCGGAGCCGAUACUGCGCUUAGUCAGAUUGUGAAAUUGGUGGAAGAUGCUCAAGUGAGCAAAGCACCUAUUCAAGGAUUUACCGAUCAAGUGGCCGGAUAUUUCGUGCCGAGCGUGAUUGUCCUGGGUGUGGGCACAUUGGCGGUCUGGUCGAUUCUCGUCGGCGUGUUUGGCGUGGAACAUAUGCCGUCCAUGUUGCAAAUGGAAAUCCGGGAGGAUGGCAACGGCAACUGGUUCUUUGUCUGUCUGAAGCUUUGUAUCAGUGUCAUUAUCGUGGCGUGUCCAUGUGCGCUUGGUCUUGCCACUCCUACGGCGGUGAUGGUCGGCACCGGUAUUGGCGCCGAAAACGGCGUUCUCUUCAAAGGCGGCGCGGUUUUGGAAAACGGUCAAAAAGUGAACAAGGUGGUGUUUGACAAGACCGGUACAUUGACCACGGGCAAGUUGACCGUGGCCGAGUAUGAAAACUGGACGGCUGAUCUGAGCGCGGAGCAUAUGCUGGUUUUAGCGGCAGUGGCGGAAUCCGGUAGUGAGCAUCCUUUGGGUCGCGCGGUGGUAACAAAAGGAAAAGAAAUCACCGGUUUGGAUGCCCUCGAUCGCUUGGCCCACGUCACGGAUUUCAAGAGUGCCACGGGUCUGGGCAUUGAAUGCCACAUUACCCUGACGCCCGAAGCCGCUUCCCUGGUCACGGAUCCUUCUCUGAAACAGUCGCUUCACAGUCUGGUUGGUCAAACGCAUGCCGUCGUCAUUGGCAAUCGCACCUGGUUAGAAGGCCAUCACGGAAUCCACAUCCAAGCACAAGACAUGGUCAGUUACGAGCAGCAAGUAUCUCAAGGCCAUUCAUGCAUCUUGAUCGGCUGGCACGGUGUCGCUGCCGGGUGUAUCUCUUUGGCCGACACGAUCAAACCGGAAUCUCGACGCGUGGUCGCCACGCUUCACAAAAUGAACAUUCACACAGCCAUGGUGACGGGAGACAACGUGUUGACCGCGAAAUACAUUGCAGCUCAAGUCGGUAUCACCGAAAUUCACGCCGGUGUCUCACCCAACGGUAAAACACAGCUGGUGCAACGCAUGCAAGCACAGCCUUUUUACGGGUCGUCUGGAUUCUUUCAACGCUGCCUCGGAAAACGUAGUUCGGGAGCUCAGCGCACGGUGGUCGCCAUGGUAGGCGAUGGUAUCAACGAUUCACCAGCGUUGGCUGCCGCCGAUUUUGGUAUUGCGCUUUGCAGCGGUACGGAUAUCGCCAUGGAAGCGGCGGAUUGUGUGUUGAUGCGCAACGACUUGUCCGACGUGGUAGCGGCUUUGGACCUUUCUCGGUGCAUUUUCCGACGAAUUCGAUACAACUUGUUGUGGGCCUGCAUCUACAACGUCAUUGGUAUUCCAUUGGCCAUGGGUGUGUUCAUGCCCUGGGGUUAUCACCUGCACCCGAUGCUAGCCGGUCUUGCCAUGGCCGCCAGUUCGACGAGCGUCGUCGUCAGCAGUCUGCUUUUGAAAUGGUUAUGGCGCAAACCGGCCUUGGUCGAUGCCAUGGAUACCGAUAUCUCGACUUCCCACGUCGCUUUAGAUGUGUUCACGCCGACAGACGACCUCGGUUCUCAUGCUCCACCGUCCAAAGGAUUCGCAUUCCGUCUUCGUAGUAUGAUCAAUCGUCUUACGGGGCGCUCGGAUUAUCACGUUGUCGCUUCCAACGAUCACUCCAACGCCUACGAUUUAGAGGCCAUGCGACUGUUACCCUCCUCCCCUACCUCACCUUAAAGACUAAUUCAUUAUUACUAUUUCAUCAUCCCCCACAUCUUCAUUUAUUUCAUCUUUCCUUGCAAUACUCAUUCAUCAUCCAAGUAUCCUUUAAUAAAUAAUCGAUACAGUCAUUUCAGAAAGCA